UUUACUCAUUGGCAGCCGGCAGGGUUACAAACAACCAAGAGUUGAUAAUCCCAAAAGGCAAAGAAUCUUUCUUGAUGAUACCACCAACAAAGAGUUUAUGUUGUGAUCUUGAAAGUGAAACACAUAUAUAGUACAACAAUCAAACAAACAGAACAACAAUAUUAACUAGAACUGUUCUAUAUAUCCUAUCCAAUGAUGACAGACGAUGAACUUAUGCAGAAGCUAGAAGAGUUGACAAUGGAUGCAAAACAUCACCAGUUGGAAACUCUUCGAUCAAUCCUUCAACAUAAUGGUUCUGUUAGAUAUCUUCAAUCUUUGAAUAAUAACAAAAGUGUUGAUCCUGCUACUUUCACAAGUCUUGUUCCUUUGUCUUCCUAUGAUGAUUACGUUGACUUUAUCCACCAGAUGGCUGAUGGAGAACAUGAUGAUCAUCAUGAUCUUCUCUCUGUUGAUCCUCUUCUCUGCUUCUUUUAUAGCUCAGGAACAACCUCCAUGAAACCAAAACUGAUCCCUUACUUUGAUUCAAGCCUUUCAAAAGCUGCCUCCUUUCUUGGUCACCGAGGCUGUAUCGCUGUUCUUCAUAGGAUGUUUCCUCCAAGGCCAAAUGUAAACAAGAUCCUAUGGUUUCUCUAUGCUGACAAAAUUACUACUACAACUAAACGUGGCUUAAAGGUUAUGGCAGCCUCUUCAUACUCUUUACAAAGUGGUAAGGUAACUCCUCAACAACUUGCAUUGUUCUCUAGUCCCCUCGAAGUUAUUAUUGGAUCUAAUGUGGAACAACAAAUGUAUUGCCACCUUCUCUGUGGCCUUAGGAAUCUUGAUGUUAUAGAUGGAAUUAGUACUCCUUAUGCCAUAGGUUUGAUUAAAGCAUUUAGUUUUUUGGAGUCCAAAUGGGAGCAGCUAUGUGUUGAUCUUGAUUGUGGAUUUCCAAGUCAUGAAAUUUCAGAUGAGAAAAUGAGAGAAGCUGUAAUCAACACUAUUGGUGGUCCUCAACAUGAAUUGUCAAAUAGAAUAAGAUUAGUUUGUGAAGGUAAGAAUUGGGGUGGGAUUGUACAUAGAUUGUUUCCAAAUGUUCGGUUUAUCAAAUGCGUUACAACAGGAAGCAUGAAGCAGUACUAUCAAAAACUUAAGUUUUAUGCCGGAGAUGUACCGAUUGUAGGAGGAGAUUACUUUGCUUCUGAGUGUUGUGUAGGUUUAAAUUUAGAAAUAACACAACCGCCCGAGACAACACGGUUCGUACUACUUCCUACUUUUGCCUACUUUGAGUUUCUUCCAUUUGAGAUGAAUGAGAAUGAUGAGGAUGUUAUCGGUGAGCAAACAGUGGACCUUUGCGGUGUUGAGGUUGGAAAGAUGUAUGAAGUGGUUGUUACUACUUACCGCGGAUUUUAUCGAUACAAACUGGGCGAUAUAGUUAGAGUUGUUGGUUUCCACAAUUCAUCACCUCAAGUUGAAUUUGUGAUGAGAGCACCUAAGUCUUCAGCUGAGAUUCUCAAUGAGAAAGACUUGAUUUCAGCAGUUGAAAAUUUCCAACUUGCACUUAGAGGUGCUAUGGGAAUCGAUUCGAUUGAGAUUGUUGAGUUUGCAAGUUUCUUAUAUCAGGAACCGGCGUCAAAGCAGUUGAAGGUAUUUAUAGAAGUAGAAGAAGUUCAAGAUGAGUCUAAUAACUUGGAGGAAUGGGUUAAAGUGUUUAAAAGUUGUAUUUCCUCUCUUGAGAAUGGUUUAGGAGCAUUGUACAAGGUGCAGAGAGAAAAAGGUCAUAUAGGGAACUUAAUGAUAAUUAUCCUAAGGCAAGGAGCUUUUGAUCAGUUAUCAGAUUUGGCUCUUAGGAAUGGAACACCAGCUAGUCAAUAUAAACCACCUAAGAUUAUAAGGAAUCAUGAAGUUGUCAAAUUCUUGGAAAAGUUUGCUUUUGUUACAAUAUCAAUGGAUGAUUAAGAAUGUAAAGUGAAUGGAGUGAAUAUCUAUUACUACCUCAAUUUCAAUCUGAUCACAUUCUUAAACAUGAUAUGUACAAGGUGUGCUUAGUUGCUCUUUAGAACAAUAACAAUAUCUUGUAAUUGAAAGAUUAAUUGUUCAUCAAGACUUGAUUGUGUAUUUAUAGAGUAGAGGUUACUCAACCUUAGCAUGGAGGAAGGUUUUUAAAUACUCUAAUAAAAUACAGUUAGGGGAAAAAA